AAGAAAUGACCCAUGGUCUCUUCUUAAUUGUUGUCUAUUCCCUAAAUUAAUAUUUCCAAAUUUCCUGUUCUAAGGUUCUUAUUGAAUAAUUACCUACUUCAUAGGGUUUAUAUAGUGUCCGUACCGACCAGUUAAUACCUAACCGAUAUGACACCGCGUUCGUCGGCAGCAGCCGAAGUUGAUACACGGGCCGCCGAAAGCACUUCACCCGAAACCGUUCCGACUACAAUCGGCCCGUUAUCGUCCAGCCCUUCGGCUACGGACGCCGACUCAUAUUGGACAACAUCACAGGCACGACACCCAUCUAACACUUCAGGAAUCCCAUUGUAAUUAUGUCGGCCAUGAACUUAUUAACUCCUGAGUUCCAGGAUGGCUCGUAUGAAGAUGAUAGAGAUUCGUCGCUGGGCGAGGAUGACUCGAGUUCUACUGCAUCGCUAUCAAGUAGCAUUUUAGAGUAUCGCACGAUCCACGGGCGAAGGUAUCACAGCAGAAGUUGGGGCAAUACCGACUAUUGGACGCCUAACGAUGAAAUACAAGCGAAUUCUAUGGACCUUACCCACCACACGCUCACACUACUACUACACGACAAGAUAUUUCUAGCCCCCAUCGGCGACGACCCUAAGAAAGUCCUAGAAAUCGGAUGUGGAACAGGAAUCUGGGCAAUCGACUUCGCAGACGCCUUCCCGCACUGCGAAGUAAUCGGCACAGACAUAUCACCAACCCAACCGGCCUGGGUCCCCGGCAACUUGCGUUUCGAAAUGGACGAUUUCAAUCUAACCCCCUGGACCUUCCAGCCCGCCUCCUUCGACUUCGUACACAUGCGGUAUCUCUGCGGGGCAGUCCUAGACUGGGACGCGCUAUACGCCGAAGCCUUCCGGGCGGUGCGGCCCGGCACAGGCUGGGUCGAAGCCGUAGAACCCGCGCUCCGCAUCCGCAGCGAGGACGGCAGUGUCCGUGAAGGCGACGGCUCUGCACUCGCAGCCUGGGGGCCGCUUUUCGAGGAGGGCGCUAGGAGGUACGAAAACAGAACCAGGGUCCCGGGGAGUGCGAACUCGGGGCCCUCGAGGUCGAUGAAUGUUGUCGAGGACGGGACGAUGGAGCGCGCGUUCCGGCAGGCGGGGUUCAUCGAUAUAGUUACGCAUACGAUUAAAUGCCCGCUUACGCCGAAUUCGAAUGAUCCGCAUCUGAGAGAGGUAGGGCUGUAUGCGCAUGCUACGAUGGAGGAGGGUAUGGAGGGUUUUCUACUCUAUCUCUUCACGCAAGGUUUGGGCUGGACCCACGAGCAAGUCAUACUCUAUCUAAGCCGCAUACGCAAGGAGCUGCGCGACAGGCGAAAAUCGCCAUAUUCACUAGUCAAGGUCAUAUACGGCCGGAGGCCCGAGAGUAAUUAAUUGAUAAUAUUCAACUUGAAGGUAAUAUAGGAAAGGAAUACAUAUAGGCGCAUACAUGAUAUGCCUCAGGUUAUUCGGUGGUAAUGCAAUCCCCUUUGUCCAGCACCUAGCAUAAUGUAUUCAUAAAGACAGAUGUAUAGUAGAGACGUCCAGCAUAUUUAGACGUGUUAUAAUAAAUCUCAGGAAAACGCAUUCCGUUAAUUAAAACCGGAGCAAUCAAACUACGAUCUGCACAUUAUACGGCGAAGUCCCGCUGCGGAAUAAUCAUAAUCUAGUCCUCUCAUUUUAAUACCUCUAGGUAGUUAGUACAAAACUAUGUCACUUUCCUCAAUUUUAGCCAUUUAGUCCUCUAGCAAGGUCAGCUCAGUAAUACACUUGAUAUCCAUCAAUCCACCCUUUCCAUGCCUAAAUUAUAUGUCGUUCGCGUUCAUGAUACAUACUACAUACUUUACCCC